CCUAGUUGGCUCUGACUCCCAGUAAGUCAGAGCCGGGGCUGCUGCGGGGAGAGGACGGCAGGGAGCAAUCCAGAGAGCUGAGAGCGAGCGCGGGAGCUGGCUCCCGGGUGGCAGCGCAGAAGUUUUCUGCCUGCUGCGCUCUCACCCUGUGCGAUGCGGGAGCGCUGGGGCCGAGGGGCAGCAUGAAGGGCAGCAACCGGGCUUACACCCGAGGUCCCUUUUUGGGGUGGAUCUUCGCUAAGUGCUGCUGUUGCCUCCAGUGCAGUGAUGCAUACUCUCAUUCCUCAAGUGAAAACGGAGGCAAGUCCGAGUCAGUGGCCAAUCUGCAGGCCCAGCCCUCUCUGAAUUCUAUCCACAGUUCUCCUGGUCCCAAGCGCUCCACCAACACCCUUAAAAAGUGGCUGACAAGUCCUGUGCGUCGGCUCAACAGUGGGAAAACAGACGGGAACAUCAAAAAGCAGAAGAAAGUACGAGAUGGUCGGAAGAGCUUCGACCUGGGAUCUCCCAAGCCUGGGGAUGAGACAACCCCUCAGGGAGACAGCGCUGAUGAGAAGAGCAAGAAAGGUUGGGGUGAAGAUGAGCCAGAUGAAGAAUCACACACUCCUCUCCCUCCGCCUAUGAAGAUUUUUGACAAUGACCCCACACAGGAUGAAAUGUCCUCCUCUUUGCUAGCAGCCCGGCAGGCUUCCACUGAAGUACCUACUGCUGCAGACCUUGUCAGUGCAAUAGAAAAGUUGGUCAAAAGCAAGCUGAGUCUAGAAGGAGGUUCAUACCGGGGGAGCUUGAAGGACCCUGCCGGCUGCCUGAAUGAGGGGAUGGCUCCCCCCACACCUCCUAGAAACUUGGAAGAAGAACAGAAAGCCAAAGCCCUGAGAGGCAGAAUGUUUGUCUUGAAUGAGCUGGUGCAGACGGAGAAAGACUAUGUCAAGGAUCUGGGGAUUGUGGUGGAGGGCUUCAUGAAGAGAAUAGAAGAAAAGGGUGUCCCUGAGGAUAUGAGAGGAAAGGACAAAAUCGUGUUUGGAAACAUUCAUCAGAUUUAUGACUGGCAUAAGGAUUUUUUCCUGGCUGAACUGGAAAAGUGCAUCCAGGAGCAAGACAGAUUGGCACAGCUCUUCAUUAAGCACGAGCGGAAGCUGCACAUCUACGUGUGGUACUGCCAGAAUAAACCACGCUCUGAGUACAUCGUUGCCGAGUACGACACCUACUUUGAGGAGGUAAAACAGGAGAUAAAUCAGAGGCUGACACUUAGCGACUUCCUCAUUAAGCCCAUUCAGAGAAUAACAAAAUACCAGUUACUCCUCAAGGACUUCCUGAGAUAUAGUGAGAAGGCUGGUUUGGAGUGUUCCGAUAUUGAGAAAGCAGUGGAGUUAAUGUGCCUUGUUCCCAAACGCUGCAAUGACAUGAUGAAUCUUGGACGCCUGCAGGGCUUUGAGGGCACCCUGACUGCUCAGGGGAAGCUGCUGCAGCAGGACACGUUCUAUGUGAUCGAGCUGGAUGCAGGCAUGCAGUCCCGGACCAAGGAGAGGCGCGUGUUCCUCUUUGAACAGAUUGUCAUCUUCAGUGAACUGCUCAGGAAGGGCUCCCUCACCCCGGGCUACAUGUUCAAAAGGAGCAUCAAGAUGAAUUACUUGGUCCUGGAGGAGAACGUGGACAGUGACCCCUGCAAGUUUGCACUCAUGAACAGAGAGACUUCUGAGAGGGUCAUUCUGCAAGCCGCCAACGCUGACAUCCAGCAGGCCUGGGUGCAGGACAUCAAUCAAGUCCUAGACACACAGCGAGACUUCUUAAAUGCAUUACAGUCGCCCAUUGAGUACCAGCGCAAAGAAAGGAGCACAGCUGUGAUGAGGUCUCAACCUGCAAGGGUUCCCCAAGCCAGCCCUAGGCCCUACUCCUCUGUCCCCGUGGGCUCUGAGAAGCCCCCAAAGGGCUCCACCUAUAACCCACCUCUGCCACCCCUGAAGAUAUCUACCUCCAAUGGCAGUCCGGGGUUUGACUACCACCAGCCUGGGGACAAGUUUGAAACCAGCAAGCAGAAUGACCUGGGAGGCUGCAAUGGGACCUCUUCCAUGGCUGUGAUCAAAGAUUACUAUGCACUGAAAGAGAAUGAAAUCUGUGUGAGCCAAGGUGAGGUGGUCCAGGUCCUCGCCGUCAACCAGCAGAACAUGUGCCUGGUGUACCAGCCCGCCAGUGAUCACUCCCCCGCAGCCGAGGGCUGGGUCCCAGGCAGCAUCCUGGCGCCCCUCACCAAAGCCACGGCAGCAGCAGAAAAUAGUGACGGGAGCAUCAAGAAGUCAUGUUCAUGGCAUACUCUACGCAUGAGAAAGCGGGCGGAAGUGGAGAACACGGGUAAAAAUGAAGCCACAGGGCCUCGUAAACCCAAGGAUAUUCUGGGCAACAAAGUCUCUGUUAAAGAGACCAACAGUUCCGAGGAAUCAGAGUGUGAUGAUCUUGACCCUAAUACUAGCAUGGAGAUUUUAAAUCCAAAUUUCAUUCAAGAAGUGGCCCCAGAGUUCCUUGUACCCUUAGUGGAUGUGACUUGUUUGCUUGGGGAUACUGUGAUACUACAAUGCAAGGUCUGUGGGCGGCCAAAGCCAACCAUCACCUGGAAGGGCCCAGACCAGAACCUCCUUGACACUGACAACAGCUCGGCCACGUACACCGUGUCCUCUUGUGAUUCUGGGGAAAUCACCCUGAAGAUCUGCAAUCUGAUGCCCCAGGACAGCGGGAUUUACACCUGCAUUGCAACAAACGACCACGGGACCACAUCAACCUCUGCUACAGUUAAAGUGCAAGGUGUCCCAGCAGCACCUAACCGCCCCAUUGCCCAGGAGAGAAGCCGCACCUCUGUGAUUCUGCGCUGGCUACCCCCAUCCAGCACAGGGAACUGCACUAUUUCUGGUUACACCGUGGAGUACAGAGAGGAAGGUUCUCAGAUCUGGCAGCAGUCGGUCGCGUCAACCUUGGACACUUAUCUCGUCAUUGAAGACCUUAGUCCUGGGUGUCCUUAUCAGUUCAGAGUCAGUGCAAGUAACCCCUGGGGAAUCAGCCUCCCCAGCGAGCCCUCGGAAUUUGUGCGACUUCCAGAAUAUGAUGCUGCUGCUGAUGGCGCCACCAUUUCUUGGAAGGAAAAUUUUGACUCAGCUUAUACUGAGCUGAAUGAAAUCGGAAGAGGCCGUUUCUCUAUAGUAAAGAAAUGCAUUCACAAAGCUACCCGCAAAGAUGUGGCCGUGAAAUUCGUUAGCAAAAAAAUGAAGAAGAAAGAGCAGGCUGCCCAUGAGGCCGCCCUGCUUCAGCACCUGCAGCACCCCCAGUACAUCACUCUCCACGACACCUAUGAGUCCCCCACGUCCUACAUACUGAUUUUGGAAUUGAUGGACGAUGGCCGGCUCUUAGAUUACCUUAUGAAUCACGAUGAGCUGAUGGAGGAGAAGGUAGCUUUCUACAUCCGAGACAUCAUGGAAGCUCUGCAGUACCUUCACAACUGCAGGGUUGCACAUUUGGACAUAAAGCCUGAAAACCUGCUCAUUGACCUGCGGAUUCCGGUGCCUCGAGUGAAGCUCAUUGACUUGGAGGAUGCUGUACAAAUCUCGGGUCACUUCCACAUCCACCACCUCCUGGGGAACCCCGAGUUCGCUGCCCCAGAAGUGAUCCAAGGCAUCCCUGUCUCCCUGGGCACAGACAUCUGGAGCAUCGGGGUUCUGACGUACGUCAUGCUGAGCGGGGUCUCCCCCUUCUUGGAUGAGAGCAAAGAGGAGACCUGCAUCAAUGUCUGCAGGGUGGACUUCAGCUUUCCCCACGAGUACUUCUGUGGCGUGAGCAAUGCUGCCCGAGAUUUCAUCAAUGUCAUCUUACAGGAGGACUUCCGGAGGCGACCCACAGCGGCCACUUGCCUGCAGCAUCCAUGGCUGCAGCCCCACAAUGGCAGCUACUCCAAGAUCCCCCUGGACACCUCCCGCCUGGCGUGCUUCAUAGAACGCCGCAAGCACCAGAACGAUGUGCGGCCUGUUCCCAACGUCAAGAGCUACAUCGUCAACCGCGUGAACCAGGGGACGUAGCCACCUCCCGGGCCCUGAGGUUUCACAUACAAGUGCAGUGUGAGCCAAAGCAAGACUGACUCUGUCUGUAAAUAACUGUGUGCAUUAUUUCACUCUGGUUCUCUGGAUUGAGCAGAUAUAAAGCUGUACCUCUUAAACCUCUUCAGUGGUUAUUCAGGGUCUGAGCAGCAGUAAAAGUCACCCUAAAUCCAGGGGCUUUCCAGAAGGUCAUUCUGAAGAAAUAAAGAUGCAAAGAGUCACAGAAAGCAUUGAAAAGAAGGGCAAGGAUAACAAGAACGUUAGCUGUUGUAAAAUUUUAAUUGUAUGUUCCAAAUCAGUGGUUAACUGGGAAAACCUUUAGCUCUCUGCAGUGAGUACAAAAGGUUUCCCCCUUUGCUGGAAUUUUAAGCAAAAAGUUCUAUUUAACAGAGACGUCAUGUAUGUCAACCAUUCCGAUUUAGAUACUUAUAGUUUCUUAAUAGGAUACAUAUACACAUACAGUUUAGUAUAUCCCGUGCAGGUUUCAGAGUUUUAUAAUACAGAGAUAUAUAUUAAAUCAAUCAUAAGUAACUUUGAGUGCUCCAGUUAAGACAGUAAUUUAUUUAUCGAAACAUUAUAUUGUUUUGACUAAGCACAAUUAGAUGACAAGUUUUUUAGAGCAUUUUAUAAAUCUUGUACAGAAUCUUUUACCAGAACCUGUGCUUUAAGAGAAAGCAAUGUUACCUUUGGCAAUCUGAAUGAGAAGAUUUGGUUCUGUCCGUCACAGGUUAUUUGGUUAAGAUAGGUUCUGUAUACGAAACGCUACUCCUAAAUGCAGUUCAGAGUUCAUCUGGCAAGAAAUCCUGCCAGGAAAUAAGUUUGAAUACCGUAGGAGUUGUGGGGCUAUUUUUGUGUCUACACCUGGUUAGAAAUAGUUAAAUGAAUACAACAGGUUCAUAAAAAAGGGCAAAUAAAAACUACAGUUGCUACGAACAAGCUACCAUCACUUUCUGAUUUCUUCUACACCCGUAGAAUACAAUCAGAAAGUUGGCCUGCUUUAUUUCUAACUCCUUAUUGAAGCUAAGGGGUGCUUACCAAAAGGAGGCAGCCAUAUAGGCCUUUUAAAGGCCUGGUCCUAAGUCCUUUUUAAAGCCAUGGAGCAAAACCUGAUACAUGACUCUAACAGAGCAUUGAGUUUUAACUGAGCUUGCAAUACCUAUCACCACUCAGCUGCCGAUAUUUCUCUGGACUAAAAGGACUUUAUUGUACUUUGAGGCCGAUGCUGCUUCCUGGUGUAUAUUCUUCACACAAGAUUAUUAUUAAUUGCCGUUUUUUUCCCUCUGGUGGAAAAAGAAAUUAAACCUGGGCAUUUCAUGG